AUGAUAGAUUCUUAUUUAGAAGCUACAGGAUUUCCUGUGGAUCAAGUUAAAACAGUAAUUUGUUUAUUAUUGUCAUACCCAUUUGCAGCAAUAUUAAAGAAAUUACCAAAUGCUAAUCUCAAACAUAUAAUGAACAUUUGUUUAGGUGUUUUCUAUUGUACAUGGUCAUUAGGAGAAUGGAGUUGGUUACAUUCAUUCAUCAGUUCAUUAAUUUCCUAUGGAUUAUUAAUGGUUAUUCCAAAUCGUUACAAACCCCAAUUGAUCGUAUUUGCAUUUUGUUUAGGUUAUUUAUCAAUCUCACACAUCUAUCGUAUCUACACAGAUUACAUGGGUUGGACAUUAGAUUUCACCGGUCCACAAAUGAUCCUCACAUUAAAGUUGACAAGUUUUGCUUGGAACUUACAUGACGGUUCAAAAGCAGAUAAUGAAUUAUCCGAUGAUCAAAAAAGAAGAUCAAUCAAGAAAUUACCAACCCUCUUGGAAUUCUUUGGUUUCGUCUAUUUUUUCCCAACCUUUUUAGCUGGUCCAACCUUGGAAAUCACCGAUUAUCUCAAUUAUACCUCUGGUAAAAUGUUCCAAGUUGGACAAUUAAAUGGCAAAGCUCCAUCAUCCCUCUUACCUGCUCUCAAAACUUUAGGUCUUGGUCUCUUAAUGUUCCCAUUCGUAGUUUUAUCAGGUCAAUAUCCAGUUGUCUAUUUAUCAACUAAUGAAUUUAGAUAUGAACCACUUUUAUAUAAGUUAAUUAAACUUCAUAUUUUUGUAGUAUUAUCAAGAUUUAGAUAUUAUUUCGGAUGGUAUAUGUCAGAAGGUAGUGCAGUAUUAUCAGGUAUUGGAUUUAAUGGAUUUGAAAAGGAUGGUGUAACAAUGAAAUGGGAUCGUAUUACCAAUGUUUAUCCAUUAAGUGUUGAGUUGGCAAGUAAUGUAAGAGACGUUUCAAACAAUUGGAAUAUUGGUACUAGCGAUUGGUUAAAGAGAUACGUUUACCUUCGUUUAACACCAGCAGGUGCCAAACCAACCUUUUUCGCAACACUUGCAACCUAUACCAUCUCUGCAUUCUGGCAUGGUUUCUAUCCAGGUUAUUACAUUUUCUUUGUCGCCUGUACAUUACUCACAGAGGUUGCCAAAGAUAUGCGUCGUAAGAUUCGUCCAUAUUUCGUCAAACAAAAUGGUGACGUUGCAAUCCAAACUCCAUUGAAAACAGUUUACGAUAUCGUUGGUUCAAUUUGUUGUGUUUGGUGGUUAUCCUUCUUUGGUGCUUCUUUCAUCUUUUUAAAUAUUGAACGUUCAAUUCAUCUUUGGAAUACUUUUUCUUAUAUUCCAAUCAUCAUCUUAUUCGUUACUUUUAUUUUAUUAAGAUUUGUUCUUCCAACUCCAAGAUCAACUCCAAGACCAACAAAAAAAACUAAUUAA